AUGGCAACUUUCUCUUAUUUCCAAAACUACCCUCAUUCCCUUCUUGAUACUCUUCUUUUCCCCACAACUAACUCCUCCAUUAAGCCCUCUGGUUUCAUCGACCAAAAUCCUCUCCAUUCAACACCAAACACUUCUACAACCGAAGAUACUUCAUUGAACCCGUUUCUUGAAUUAUACACUGUUGACAAAACCGAAAGCUCUGAUGUUAAGAAACAAAGAAACACCAACACAACCGGUUCUUCUUCCGGCGACCAGCUCAGCCGCGGACCAUCCAAUGCCUCCGCCGGAAAUAAGCGUCAGAAGAAGAUAAGAAACGGGUUUAACUCCAAGGGAGUCGAGGGAAGAAAAAGUAAAAAACAGAGAAAUGGUAGCCCAAGUGACGUCAAAGAGAAGAGAGUAAGCGAAACAGAAGCUCCCAAAGAUUACAUUCACGUUAGAGCCAGAAGAGGCCAAGCUACUGAUAGCCACAGCCUCGCCGAGAGGGUGAGAAGGGAAAAGAUAAGUGAUCGGAUGAAGAUUCUCCAAAAUCUUGUUCCAGGAUGUAAUAAGGUAACAGGGAAGGCCCUCAUGUUGGAUGAGAUUAUAAAUUAUGUCCAAUCUUUGCAGAAUCAAGUUGAGUUUCUCUCCAUGAAGUUAACAUCUAUAAGUCCUGUGGUCUAUGACUUUGGUUCGGACCUUGAUGGCCUCAUAGUGAGACCCGAGAUGGGAUCCACAGAAGUAAGAGUGUCUUUUACCAAUACAAUGCCAAUAAUUACUACCCAAUUUUCUUCACUUUUGGAUGGUCCUAUAAUACCCACACAGGCACAGCUUCAGGAAGAGGUUGAAGAAAGAGAACAUUACGUAGACAGAAGUGGGCUCAACAGCAACAGCUUCUGUUCUUUCUCUUAA